GACAUCCAGCACACGGAGGAAUUUCUCAUCAAGCCCGAGUCCCGGAUCGCCCAGCUGGACACGUCACAGUGGCCGCUGCUGCUGAAGAACUUCGACAAGCUAAAUGUGAUGACAGCACACUACACACCUCUCCCUUCUGGUGCUAAUCCCCUGAAGAGAGAGAUUUCUGACUAUGUGAGGUCUGGCUUUAUUAACCUCGACAAACCUUCCAAUCCAUCUUCCCAUGAGGUGGUUGCGUGGAUCCGACGCAUCCUUCGAGUAGAGAAGACUGGACACAGUGGCACUCUGGAUCCUAAGGUGACUGGGUGCCUCAUUGUGUGCAUUGAGAGGGCAACACGACUGGUCAAAUCUCAGCAGAGCGCAGGCAAAGAGUAUGUGGGAAUUGUUCGGCUGCACAAUGCAAUUGAAAGUGAGGCUCAGCUUGCCAGGGUAAGUCUCAGCACGCUCUUGGCUGUGCUGGUGCUUUACACACACAAUGUUCAGCAUCAGUGGGAGAUGAGAGGGCAGGAGCAGAGCUCAG